UUGUUACCUUUGUACUUUCAUUACUACUGAAUACUGAGGCUCCAUUGGGCGCUGAAGACUUCAAACGAGAUGACAAACGAGGAGCACGACACGGAUAUUUUGUGAGGAAUCCUUCACAGCGACUAAAUUCUCCUAUUCUGGACAGUUUUAUGGUCUCUGAGCCUAUGGGGUGUGUUUUUCGAUGUAUUAGUAACCAAGAAUGUUAUUCAGUAAAUUUCGCUGCUGUUUCACAUGAAGGAAAGCAUAUGUGUGAGCUAUUAAACGCAGACAUGUUUCGAAACUCCACAAAUUUUCUUCAAAGCAUAAACUUUGACCACUACAACAUAAAGAGUCCUUGCAUGAGCAAUCCUUGUCAAGAUGGAGUUUUAUUCUGUCGACCGAUUUAUCAGCAAGACGAUUAUCAGUGGGUCUGCAGACCAGGUUUUACUGGAAACUUUUGUGAAACGGAUAUCGACGAAUGCUCCAGUAAUCCCUGUUUAAACAGAGGAGUAUGCAAUGACCAAGUGAAUGGAUAUGUAUGCACCUGUCCAGCUGGAUACACAGGACUUCAUUGUGAAACAGAUAUUCACGAGUGCUCCAGUAAUCCCUGUUUAAAUGGUGGCACUUGUACGGACCAGGUUAAUGGAUAUCUCUGUUCCUGUAUCGCUAUGUACAUAGGACUACGAUGUGAGACAGUUCGGGUUUUGGACAUUCAUUUUAGAAGCGAAGGUUGCGACGACCCAGGAACAGUAGACGGUUGCGGCAAAGCUUACAUUAAGGUGGAUGGGACAGAUUAUUCUCUUCAAAGAAGAGGACAUAACGUUGUUGUUGUGAAUGGUGAAACAGGUGUCUUCCUUGAAGCAAGAGCAUUUGAUACUCAUGCAGAUAGUUCGAGUGGAAAUAAUUUGAGAGACUACCUCAACAGCCUGAGCGGGAAUAAGAUCGUCUUAGUUGCUACUCAAGAUUCAGCCGCUUCGUACAUGUCACCGGCAAUUGACGCUCUCAAGAGACUGGGUGCUACUGAUCCUCUACAGGCAAACUACCGAGAUUCCUUUACUUUUUCUGGAUACUCAGGAGUGAACAAACCACAGUGGAUUACACAAAAAAGAGAAGACAGAUACCAGGGACCUAGUGAGAUAUUUCCGCAUAUACCCCUCUCAGUUAAUCAAUAGAUUGGAGCUGCUCGAAAAAGCAAGGAAGAAAACAAAGAUUCAAAACUGUAACAUAAUCCACUCAAAAUAGCUGGAGAUAUUUUGGACACCAUAGCAAAUCUGGAGUUUCAGUCGCAAUUUUGGAGACCUGCGUUUGGUUGUAAUGAAGCUUUGAACUCUUUUGAUGUUCGUUUUUAGUUUAAAAAUAGCAGGAAAUGCUGUCACCGUUGUGACUUUUUCUUUCGAUAACAUAUUCCUUUUUCUCUCCUGGGUUUUCGGGGUGUUAAACCAUGAA